AUGUCGUCGGACGACAGGCACCUGGGCUCCAGCUGCGGCUCCUUCAUCAAGACUGAGCCGUCCAGCCCGUCCUCGGGCAUCGAUGCCCUCAGCCACCACAGCCCCAGUGGCUCGUCCGACGCCAGCGGCGGCUUUGGCCUGGCCCUGGGCACCCACGCCAGCGGUCUGGACUCGCCACCCAUGUUUGCAGGCGCCGGGCUGGGAGGCACCCCAUGCCGCAAGAGCUACGAGGACUGUGCCAGCGGCAUCAUGGAGGACUCGGCCAUCAAGUGCGAGUACAUGCUCAACGCCAUCCCCAAGCGCCUGUGCCUCGUGUGCGGGGACAUUGCCUCUGGCUACCACUACGGCGUGGCCUCCUGCGAGGCUUGCAAGGCCUUCUUCAAGAGGACCAUCCAAGGGAACAUUGAGUACAGCUGCCCGGCCACCAACGAGUGCGAGAUCACCAAACGGAGGCGCAAGUCCUGCCAGGCCUGCCGCUUCAUGAAAUGCCUCAAAGUGGGGAUGCUGAAGGAAGGUGUGCGCCUUGAUCGAGUGCGUGGAGGCCGUCAGAAAUACAAGCGACGGCUGGACUCAGAGAGCAGCCCAUACCUGAGCUUACAAAUUUCUCCACCUGCUAAAAAGCCAUUGACCAAGAUUGUCUCAUACCUACUGGUGGCCGAGCCGGACAAGCUCUAUGCCAUGCCUCCCCCCGGUAUGCCUGAGGGGGACAUCAAGGCCCUGACCACUCUCUGUGACCUGGCAGACCGAGAGCUUGUGGUCAUCAUUGGCUGGGCCAAGCACAUCCCAGGCUUCUCAAACCUCUCCCUGGGGGACCAGAUGAGCCUGCUGCAGAGUGCCUGGAUGGAGAUCCUCAUCCUGGGCAUCGUGUACCGCUCGCUGCCCUACGACGACAAGCUGGUGUACGCUGAGGACUACAUCAUGGACGAGGAGCACUCCCGCCUUGCGGGGCUGCUGGAGCUCUACCGGGCCAUCCUGCAGCUGGUACGCAGGUACAAGAAGCUCAAGGUGGAGAAGGAGGAGUUUGUGACGCUCAAGGCCCUGGCCCUCGCCAACUCCGAUUCCAUGUACAUCGAGGAUCUGGAGGCCGUCCAGAAGCUGCAGGACCUGCUGCACGAGGCGCUGCAGGACUACGAGCUGAGCCAGCGCCAUGAGGAGCCCCGGAGGACGGGCAAGCUGCUGCUGACACUGCCCCUGCUGCGGCAGACGGCCGCCAAGGCCGUGCAGCACUUCUAUAGCGUCAAACUGCAGGGCAAAGUGCCCAUGCACAAACUCUUCCUGGAGAUGCUGGAGGCCAAGGUUGGCCAAGAGCAGCUUAGAGGAUCUCCCAAGGAUGAAAGAGUGUCAAGCCAUGAUGGAAAAUGCCCCUUCCAAUCAGCUGCCUUCGUAAGCAGGGAUCACAGCAACCCCCCGGGGAUCCCCAAUCCACGCCCUUCUAGUCCAACCCUCAACGAGAGAGGCAGGCAGAUCUCACCCGGCACUAGGACACCAGGAGGCCAGGGAAAGCAUUUCUGGCUCACCAUGUAAAAUCUGGCUUGGAGCGAGUGGGUGUUCUGCACACUGGGCAGCUGUGCCUCACUGGAUCUAGUGUUGCUGCGAGUGCCCUCACUUCAGAGCCCCUCUAGCAGAGUGGGGCGGAUGCCCUGAUGGUUGGUGUCCAUGAGAUGGAAGCUGCUUUUAUACUUAAAACUCAGAUCACAACAGGAAAUGUGUCAGUAACAAUGGACUUCCAUCCAAUGGGAAAGUUCCUGGUACUGAAGGGGUCCAUUGGACACUCACAAAAGAAGUUCAGGGGCCAACUUCUUAGCUGGAAGCCUGGCAAGAUGAGGACCCUCUCCGGGGAAGGGAGAGGACUGACUUAGUGGAAGGUGGUGAAGUGAGGAGAGUUUAGGGGACCCUCCCCAUAAUGGAACAGAUCUCAAGUUUACCCUAAACCUGCCAUUUCUGGAAAAUCUGUAAAGAGGAAACAGCCUGUCUCAGUUGUAUUCUCAUGAUACAGGUCAUUUGAAAUGAACCAAGAAAUAAAACAUAAAAAUCCAACCAUGGAGAAGGUGGUAUGGCUGGGUUUUGUUUGGUCCCCUUGUCCUCAUACGUUCUAAAGUUUCCAGACUGGCUUUGUCACUUUGUGAACUCAUCAUGUGUGAAAACCAAUCUUUGCAUAUAGGGAACUUCCUCGGGCCACACUUUAAGAACCAAGUAAGAGGCUCUCAAGACUCCAGCAGAGUCAGGAGGCCAUGGCAGAGCCUCAGAGGAGCUGGAACCUGCACCCACCUCUGUCAGGGGGGACCUCCUUUCCCCAUAGACUCUGCCCUCCCUCUGUGCAGAUGGAAGUGACAGGGGAGGGUGACCAGCUUGUGACAAGAAGACUGAAGGGUCCAGAGUCCAUGCUCAUGGAACAGCACCAAAGAAAAGCACUAUGUGGAAAGAUUGUUUUAUUUUCUAAUAAUGAUAAUAUGGCUGGAAUGGCUUCUUAAGAUGUAUAUAUUUUUUAAAAUGGCAGCUCCCCAUUGCCGUAUCACCUACUUGUACGUCUUUCUUCUUCUGUAUAUGUUCUCCCAGAAACCCCCAUGUAAAUCAAAUGCCCUAGGAUGCUUCCAUCCUGGUCCCAUGUAUCUGGAAUCUAAUAAAUAAGGAAAGGAACU